UGUCUGGAAUUAUUAUUACAGCAUUACGAAAAGAAUGCUAUCAUUGGCUGGUCAGUGGCCUUAUCAGAAGAGAAAAGAGAGAUUGCCUCGAAUGACAAUAGUAUUUUUGACUGAGCUUUCCCUAAUGGUUACGCAGGUGGGAAGAUUCAUUCAAUGUGGUAAAAACCUGCAAUGCAUCUUAAUAGGUAUACCGACGUAUCUUCUGCACACUGUGAUUAUGGUGAAGUUACUCACAUGUCAAUUUUGUAGUAGCAAAGUGGGAAGACUCAUUCAAUGUGGUAAAAAUCUGCAAUGCAUCUUAAUAGGUAUACCGACGUAUCUUGUGCACACUGUGAUUAUGGUGAAGUUACUCACAUGUCAAUUUUAUAGUAGCAAAUUGGAUCGCCAACCAAUAGAAAACAGACAUGUUUUAUUAUAUUAUACUUUUAUUACAGCUUAUUAUUAUAUAUCUUGUCCCCUGUUUGUACUAUUUAGUCUUACACCAAAGAUAUUAGAUAAGCUGUUGCCUCUUAAUGAAUCCCGUCCUAUAUUAUUGCCUCACGAGUGUCAUUAUUUUGUCGACCACAGAGAAUAUUUCUAUUACAUUUUCUUUCAUGUCCUUAUAUCUACAUUCAUUGUUCUAACGGGUUUACUUGCGCAUGAUUGUGUGAUCUUGACUUAUAUCGAACAUGUUUGCGGAAUUUUUGCUGUGGCUGGAUUUCGUUUCCAAAACUUAGCACAUAAUACCGACAAAGAAAAUGAUAAGAUAAAUGUACAAUCAAAAGAUAUACAAUGUAAGACAUAUAAUCAAGAAAUAGCAUUAUCCGUUCAUGUACAUUGGAGAGCUUUACAAUACGCAGAGUUUCUGAAAAAUACUUUUUCCGUAACUUUAGUUAUACAAAUGUUCAUAGUUAUUGUAGCAAUGAGUGUCACUUUGCUGCAAAUGGUAGUACAAUUGGAGAACAUUAUUGAAACAACGAGAUAUAUGGCAUUUGUUACUGGUCAAUUGAUUCAUAUAUUCUGCUUCAGUCUGCAAGGCCAAAGAUUGAUAGAUCAUAGUUUACAAAUACAUGAUAAGAUAUACAAUUGCUCCUGGUCCAAAAUACCCGUGAAAUCGCAAAAACUGCUUUUAAAUAUCAUGAGAAGAAGCUCGCAACCGAAUAUUUUAAGCGCUGGCAGAAUAUACGUUUUUUCAUUGAAAAGCUUCAUGACGGUUCUACAAUCUUCGAUGUCAUAUUUUACCGUACUCGCAUCGUUCCAAUCUGCACGCUAUCGAAGACAAAAUAUCUCUUUGAAAACUAUGGAAUCUGUCUGGAAUUAUUAUUAUAGUAUUACGAAAAGAAUGCUAUCAUUGGCGGGUCAGUGGCCUUAUCAGAAUCGAAGAGAGAGAUUGCUUCGAGUGAUUCUAGUGACUAUGACUGAAUUUUCUGUGAUAGUUCCACAGAUGGGCAAAUUUAUUCAAUGUGACAGAGACGUGCAUUGUAUUUUUAUGACAAUACCAACAUAUCUAAUGCACACUGUGAUUAUAGUGAAAUUAUACACAUGCCAAUUUAACAGUGGCAAAAUUAAAAAGCUCACUGAUCAAUUAUAUAGUCAUUGGAAACAUUUAGAAAGUCCAGAAGAGUGCGAAAUUAUGAAAAUGUAUGCGGCAAAAGCAAGAUUAUUUUCCUUCAUAUAUUCCUCAUAUUAUGUCAUAUGUUGUCCCAUGUUUGUAUUAAUUAGUCUAACACCGCAAAUAUUAGAUAUUGUGUUACCACUCAACGAAUCCCGUCCUAUAUUACUGCCCUAUGAAGCCCAUUAUUUCGUUCACGAUGACAGAGAAUACUUCUAUUACAUUUUCUUCCAUGCUCUUAUAGCUAUAAUGAUAGUUAUAACGGGUGUACUCGCGCACGACUGCAUGGUUUUGACUUACGUUGAGCAUGUCUGCAGCAUCUUCGCUGUAGCUGGAUUUCGUUUCGAAAACUUGACAUGUAAUAAUGCCGCAGAUUUGAAAAUAAAUAAUAGUUUAAUUGGCAUGUACAAUCAAAAAAUAGCUAUAUCUGUACAUGCACACUGGCAAGCCUUACAAUUCGCGGAGCUUCUGGAAGAUACUUUCUCCGUCACUUUUGCCAUACAAAUUGCGAUAGUUACUGUAGCGAUGAGCAUUAGUUUGCUGCAAAUGGCAGUACAAUUAGAUGACAUUCUGGAAACGAUAAGGUGUACGGCAUUUGUUGUUGGUCAAUUGAUUCAUUUAUUUUGUUUCUCUCUGCAAGGCCAAAAAUUGAUAGACCAUAGCUUACAAAUGCACGAUAAGAUAUACAAUUGCUCCUGGUAUAAAAUACCAGUAAAAUCACAAAGACUGCUUCUAAACGUGAUGAGAAGGAGCUUGCAACCGAAUAUUUUGACCGCCGGAGGACUUUAUAUUUUUUCCCUGAAAAGUUUUACUACGGUUCUGCAAUCUUCGGUAUCCUAUUUUACGGUACUUGCGUCCUUCCAGUAAUCAAUGAUCGAUAUAUUCAAAUAGUAUUUAUGUACAAUUAUAAUAUAUAACAAUGUU